AUGCCUAAACAGAAUACUACUACUACUACUACUACUACUACUACUACUACUACUACUACUACUACUACUACUACUACUACUACUACUACUACUACUACUACUACUACUACUACUACUACUACUACUACUACUACUACUACUACUACUACCACUAAGAUAG